AUGAAUAUUCCUGAAUAUAUAGAGGAAUGCAGAGUUAAGUAUCUGACUGAGUUUCUUAACUCAAAUUUUUAAAACAAGAAACACUUGUAAAUCGCUUUAAUAAAAGGCAAAGAGAUAUUUGAUGCACUAUAAUAAUGUCAAGAUCUAACAAAUUUAGAUAUCGAUUGUGAUGCAAUUUCAUCUUAUGAAGAAGAUUUUAAUUAAGUGUGGCUAGGAUUGUCAAAAUGUUAAAAUCUAACUACUUUAUCUUGCUCUUUUUAUGAGUGUUGGUUAGAAUCAGUUAGUUUUUUUGAGGGAAUAUCAAAUCUCCCAAAUCUUAGAACAUUUAAUCUAUCUUGGUGUUACUAUUAUGUUGAGUAAGUUUAAUUAUUUCUUUUUUUAAUUUUGAAUAAAUAAGAAAUAAAAAAAGCAUAAAUAAUAUUUAGUUAGUUUUAUUUUUUCCUUUAAUAUAUAAUAAGUUUAAUAAUUUUUAAAGGAUUAAAUUAUCUUUUUUAUUUUAUUUAAUAAAAAAUUAUUUAACAAAUAAUAAAAUUUUAUACUUAAACUUUAAAUAGCAAAUUCAAUGAGUAAAAGGAUUUCUUCGAAGGAAUAUCAAAAUGCAAGAAUGUUAAUCAUAUGGAUUUAAAUCUAUAGUAAAUUAUUAGUAUCUUUUUUAGUUGCUUUAAUAUGAAAAAGAAUAUUUUGCUUAACAUAAUUUAUAUUUUCAUUAAAUAAGUUAGAUUAUUUUUAUGA